GGAUGGUGAGCAGCAGCAGCUGCUGCUGCUAGUGGCAUCCGUUACUGUUUAGGUGACAGAGUGUGCGGCUCGUGCGGUGAAAUUUGUCGUGAAAGUGAAAGAACGCGAAUGGCGUAUCGAAAUCAACGAAAUCAUUGAUUUUACCCCUCAGUGAUCGACGUUGACCGUGGUCAGUCGAGUUGAACGUCGUGUCCGGACCGAACCCAAGAUGCCGUCCAAUCAUCGUAAGAAGAAACACAAGAAGCCUGCUGCAGCUGGUGUCGUGACGAGCAGUGAGAACCAGCCCGACCUUCCAGAGGUGCCAGAUCGCCAGCCUGCAAAAGAUGCAAGCUCCAACAAACCAUAUACCGUGAAGCGCUCCGAUCAGGUUGGAAGAUAUAUCGUUGCCUCGAAAGAUCUAAAGGCCGGAGAAACGAUCAUCGAAGUUCUGCCGCUGGUGGUGGGUCCUUGCGCUGAGAGUGACCCCGUCUGUCUGGGCUGUCACCGAACGUUCGAGGCCGAAAGUCCGCAGAUACGAUGCAACGUCUGCAGUUGGCCCAUCUGCUCGCCAGCCUGUCCGGGACUCGCGCACGACGGAACUCACCGAACGCUAGAAUGCAUUCCACUGCGCGAAAAAGCCGUAGCAAGGCUGUUACAGGCAUCGACCGCUAAGGAGCUGAAGCUGAUGUACGAAGCGAUACUCACGCUUCGCUGUAUGCUGCUCAAAACCGUCGAUCCGGCACGAUACCGAGGAAUCCAGGAGAUGGAUCCACUGAACACCAUCCGUCAGGACAUCCCGAAGCUGUGGAAACGUAACCAGAAGGAGAUCGUAAGCCGAAUCCGGGACGAUUGGGGCUUUACCGAGUUCAGUGAGCAAGAGCUGCACACGGUUUGCGGUGUGAUCGAGGUGAACGCGUUCGAAGUGGGCCAGGAACCGGUGAAAGCUCGUGCCCUCUUCCCCGAGGCGUACCUACUGAUGCACGACUGUACACCGAACACGGGCCAUACGGAUGCACCCCGGACACACCUGCUUACGGUGCGUACGUUGCGUGAAGUGAAGGCCGGAGAACCGCUCACGCUGACGUACGCUUACAUCCUACAAGGAACCCUGAAACGGCGGCAACAUUUGAGCGAGGAAAAGUUCUUUUGGUGCAGUUGUGCAAGGUGCCGGGAUCCGACUGAGUUUGGAACGAAUUGUAGUGCCGUACGGUGUACCAAGUGUCACCGGGGAUAUCUGUUGCCGAUGAAACCGCUUGAACAGGAAUCGGACUGGAAGUGUACGCUGUGUCCGGCCACCGUUUCCAGUCAAACGAUUGGCGUAUUGUUGGAGCGACUGUCCAAGAGGCUGGACUGUAUCGACGGCAAUGAUGUGGAGGGCUACGAACAGUUUUUGCAGACUUACGGUGCGGUGUUGCAUGAUAACCACUACCUGUUGCUGUCGGCGAAGCACUCAUUGUGCGAGCUGUAUGGGAAGAUCGAUGGAUAUCUCAUCCCUGAGCUGAGUCCGGAGCAACUCAAGCGGAAGGAAACGAUUUGUCGGGAUUUGCUUGAGGUGGUCGAUCAGCUGGAGCCGGGUUUGAGCCGGCUGCGAGGGACCAUUAUGUACGAGCUGCAUGUUCCGCUGAUGAUCGAGGCUGGGCAGCUGUUCCAAGGGGGAACGAUUCAGCGAACGGAACUGCGCCAUCGAUUGAAGGAAGUGCAACGGUUGCUGCGGGAAAGCGAACGAAUUCUGGCGAUGGAACCGGAGGGCAGUCCGGAGUAUGGGAUAGCGGUGGCCGCAAGGGAUGCGCUAAAAAACAUGGGCGCUAUUUAAGUUAGGGGGGUUUGGGUGUUUGUUGAGCAGCAAAUAAAUGG